AGAUCACAAGCCAGUCAGCAUCACGUGUCGUGCGCGGUGGUCGUGUCGCUCCCGCUCGCAGCCCAAUUCACGCGUCGCUUGACAGUUGUGCAAAAUAAUGAACCACAGUGACAGUGUAUAGUGGAAAGCUCUAUUUUAACCUUGAAAACCUUCUAUAAACUUAAACUCUGUGUGUGCCAUGCUGAUAAGUACUAGAUAAGUGCUAUGUGGUGCGUGCUGGUGCUAUCUCUGUGGGUGGUGGGCGCGGCGGCGCACUACACCCCGACCUGGGCGGUGCACGUGCCCGGAGGGCCCGCCGCCGCCGAUGCCGUGGCCAGGGACCAUGGCUUCGUCAAUCUUGGAGAGAUCUUCGAUAACCACUACCACUUCCACCACCACUCGGUGGCCAAGCGGUCGCUGUCGCCGUCGCACGACCACCACGGGCGCCUCGAGGGAGACACGAGGGUGCGCUGGGCGCGACAGCAGAAAGCGCUGUCGCGGAAGAAGCGGGACUUUGUAGUGUUCAACACCUCUUCCACAGUCAGGACGUACGUCCCAUCGCCGUCAGCGGCGACGAAGAGAGAAGCAGGGAACAAGAGGGAAAUACCAGCCAGAGUGAAGGGUCGGCCGAGAGCCGCCGACUCCAAGUUUCAACUCAACGACCCAAAGUGGCCACACAUGUGGUAUCUAAACCGAGGCGGCGGUCUCGAUAUGAACGUGAUUCCGGCGUGGCGGGAAGGAAUCACGGGCCGCGGCGUCGUGGUCACCAUCCUGGAUGACGGGCUGGAGACCGACCAUCCGGACUUAAUCAACAAUUAUGACCGGAUGGCAUCAUACGACGUGAACUCGCACGACCCGGACCCGCAGCCGCGGUACGACAUGAUCGACUCAAACCGCCACGGCACGCGGUGCGCGGGCGAGGUGGCUGCAACUGCUAAUAACUCUCUAUGCGCGGUUGGCGUCGCGUUCGGAGCUAGCGUUGGAGGUGUGCGGAUGCUAGACGGUGACGUGACGGACGCAGUAGAAGCGCGCUCGCUCAGCCUCAACCCACAGCACGUGGACAUCUACAGCGCGUCCUGGGGACCCGACGACGACGGCAAAACAGUCGACGGGCCUGGAGAACUGGCCCAUCGGGCGUUCCUCGAGGGAGUUACUAAGGGUCGCAGCGGGAAAGGUUCCAUCUUCGUGUGGGCCUCCGGCAACGGCGGGCGCGAACACGACAACUGCAACUGCGAUGGCUACACCAACUCCAUUUGGACUCUUUCCAUCUCUUCCGCGACAGAGCGAGGGGAGGUGCCAUGGUACUCUGAGAUGUGCAGUUCUACGCUGGCUGCCACGUAUAGUAGUGGCGCGCUAAAUGAAAAACAGGUAGUAACAACGGACUUGCACCAUUCAUGUACCGCGGGCCACACGGGCACGUCGGCGUCCGCGCCGCUCGCGGCCGGCAUCUGCGCGCUCGCGCUCCAAGCUAACCGCGAACUAACGUGGAGGGAUAUGCAGCAUAUCGUGGUUCGGACGGCGCGUCCAGAGCGUCUGAGCACCGGCGGCGAGUGGCGAGUCAACGGCGUUGGUAGAAACGUGUCACACUCUUUCGGCUACGGGCUGCUGGACGCUGCGGGCAUGGUCCAAAUGGCGCGUAGCUGGAGGUCCGUGCCGCCGCAGCGGACCUGUGAGCUUGUCGCGCCCAAACCGCAGCGUGCGGUGCCGCCUCGCUCCAGCGUGACGCUACAGUUGGACGUGAACGCGUGUCCAGGGGUGAACUACUUGGAGCACGUGCAGGCGAAGGUUUCCCUCUCCGCGGCCCGGAGGGGGGACCUGAAGAUCACUCUUACGUCGCCAGCUGGGACUGAGGUCACGUUACUUGCGCCGAGGGCUCACGACUCGUCCCGCGCCGGGUUCACAUCAUGGCCGUUCAUGUCAGUUCACAUGUGGGGCGAGAACCCAAUCGGUGUCUGGCAACUCGAGGUUUCCAACGAGGGACGUUAUAUGGGCAGAGCGACGUUACAAGACUGGUCAUUAAUUUUAUACGGCACGACUCAGCCCGCAACCAAAAACGAUCCAAUACCCUUCCGGAACCCUUUAGUGCGCAAAAAGAGCAACGCCACUCGACCCGUAGUGGUCCAAACAAAGAAAAACAACAGAGGGAAACCUGUCCCUGUACUUCCUACUUAUACGGUUGGAGUAGUGAAAGGGAAGAGGAAAAAGAAUAAGAACUCCAAGAACUCUAAUAGGAAUUCGCAGAAGGCUAAACAGAUUCGACCGGCGACGCAGUCAGCUGCGGACAGUUCCACAACGCGAACGGCGACGUCUUCAGCGCCAGAUUUGAGUUUAAACCUGCAAGGGGAUUUAGGAGAUCCGCUGGCGGAUGCCAGAGGGCGCAAGAUGACGAGUCUGUUCGAGCACAAUCCAAAAAUCCAGCUGAUUUAUCCGGCGUCACUGCAAGCUAACGCGGGCCCGCUCUCCCAGUGGGAGCUGAUCUUCUACGGCACGGAGACGCCGGCCCAAGAAGACGAUGUGUCCCUGGACGCGCAGAAGGCUGGGACCUGGAACGCGAGGGACCCUGAGCCGGUGGACGAGGUCCGCCAGAAUGAUAUAGAGUUCCCGCCGGCUUGGCAUGACUCGCAUUCGAUCCGCGAGGAAGCACCCUCAGACGCGCGCGCCGACGGCGCGGACGCGCUGCGCUCGGGAUGCGCUGCGCGCGCGCCGCCCCCCUCGCACCGCUGCCUAGAAUGCGCGAAGGGUUUGCACUUGUACGAGGGGCGGUGCUUCACGCGCUGUCCGCCCGGGACGUACGCCAGCGAGUUACUGCAGGAGCGGAGCUCAAGACGACGUAACCUCACUUAUUUCGAGACGCCCCAGCUCAGAAAAAGACAAGGCACUGACGCUCCUGCAGCUUUGGAAGCUGCCGAUAUGGAAGCUCUUGAUACAACCGCCAAGUCUCCUUUAGUCUGCCUGCCAUGUCACUACACUUGUGCGACGUGCUCGGGCCCGCACAAUAGCCAAUGCCUGUCGUGUUUAGAUGACGCUCGCCUUUUCAACAUGUCGGAUGUGGAGCCGCGACUAUAUUGUUACCCCAAUACUGUUCUACCGCAAAUCGAUAAUGCGAACUGGCACUACAGACUAAACAUUGCACUAUCUCUGGCUCUGUUUAUUAUUUGCCUCAUAUCGCUAUACUUUUUGACUGUCUGUCUUAUAAAAAAAUGCGGCGCAUAUUGUUGUAGUAGUCACUAUUCAUCUAACUUGGUUAACUCCAAUAUUUCAUAUAAUAAACUCGCCGUGGACGAGACUCAGCAAAAUGAAGCGGAGAUAGAAGAUGAAAUUCUACAAGCCAUAAAAUAUACCAGUGACAGUGAUUCUGAGGAUAAUUUGAAUUUAUAGCGUCUAGCGAUAUUCCGUUCUGAGUAUUAUGAAUUAGUCGAACAACUGAGUGGUAGCGAGUAGCAAAAAGUGAGAGCGCUUUCAGACUAGCAUGUUUUCUGCGAGUAAAAACGCAAAUGUGCGCAAUUAUAUUGGCGCGUGUCUUCAUUCGUAAGCGUUUUUCAUUGUAAGCAAAAAGCUUGCAGCCUGCCCUAUUUUAGACACUGAUCGGAAGCUUUUUUCGUUGUUUGAUAUUGGUACCUACGCUACGCGCAUAUAAUAUUUAGUCUGUAAGCGCUCUAAGAGAAUAAGAAACGAGUGCAGGGCAAAAAUGUGAUAUUCCUGAAACAAAUGUCACAAGUUUAAUGUAAGUAUGCACAACGACUGUAAAAAUGACAAAAAAUUAGGACGGUACAAAAUGUUAGUGUUAAUUAUUCGUCCAAAGAGAUUUUUAAAACUUCUUUCCUUUAUUUGAUUCAAAUACUACGAAAUUCUACGGAGAUUUUGGAAUGAAGCUGGUACGUGACUUGACGCAAGGUACGCGGUUUUAGAAAAGCUGUAGGUAUAAAGUAGGUAUAGGUAUAAUUAUAUUUGUGAUUAUCCUUUUUCACUGGGAUUUUAGACCCCGAGCCAAGUACAAACUUUAUUACGAUUUACGUGUCAUUUUUCCUCGUAAAGUGGUAAUUUGAUAAAUUCUCAAUUGGGGGAUAAUGAGUUUUGUUUUCCUUUCUAUUUGUUUCUCAUCUACCAACGGAGCGGUAGCUGACGUUCUCCCUUCCCGGUGACGGUGAGGCUUCUCCCUUAACAAUUUUACCAGUUAUAAACUGACUACUGACUGGAACUUGAUAUUAAAAAUCUGUUGCUGGCUCGCGGUCCAUUAGGUCGACUACUUUGGAACCUUUAAGGAUUACCUACUCACUACUUUGCAAAGAUUAUCCGGCGUUAACGUUAACUUUUAUUUCUAAGUAGCUUUAAAACCCAUUUUCUGGACCCUGGUCGACUUACUAGAAACUUAUUCCAUCUUAGUGUACUUUACGUAAAUAGUUUUAAAUCUUUGCAAAAAUUAGUUAGGGUAAGUAAAACCAGGGUCUUUUUCUUUUAUAUUUUCAUUCCUUGGUCUUAAGAGGUGAUCACAGUUAUUUUUGUUGGAUGCUACAAAUUAAUAGUUUUCUUAGAUCUAGUGUAUUUAGGUAAGUAGGUAAUAAAUUUAGGUGUAACUUUAGAUACUUUUAUAGUGAACUUGCAUAAUAUGUCAAAUGAAACAAAGCGAUUCAAUGAUUUUAAACUACAUCGUGGGCAACAAUAACUCGUCAAUCUUUAUCCACGUAUUCUACGAUGUACGAUGUUUGAGUUAAGUAUGAUAUACAUUAAUCAGCAUAAAUUCUGCUAUUUUAGGUUAUUUUCUGGACAAAAAGUAUCAAUAAUUCCGUUAUUUGUUUUCUUUUAUCAAUGUCGUCUCCUGACAGUCAUACAAUUAGGCAACUGACAUUAAACUGACAUUAAUUGACAGAAAACUAGUUAUUAGGAACAUGUUAGGAACUUAGAAAGUUUAUGACAUGUAUAGUGUGUUGCGAAAUUGCAUGGAGAAAUUAUGAAUUCAUUGAUAAAUUCGCCAUGCACUUUUACGGCUGACGGUAUGUAUGUACCUACUUUAAUCUUUUGCUCUGCCAAGUCACUGUACUAUUUUCGCGUAGGUACCUAAGUUAAUUUUUAUUAUAUUAGCGUCUAAAGUAUGACUGGUUAUUUGGUCCCACUGUGUAGUUGUAGUAGGUAAUUUGAGAUUCUGGCUGUGAUCCGCUCUUAAAUAAAUGCGACCAAACGUAGCAAUAAUUCGUAAAGCAUAAUAUUACUUAAGGUAAAUUUGCUCAAGUUGCCAUUUUAUGUGUAGCUGUAGAGUAAGCUUGAUUGAUGUAAAUAUGUGCUACAUAUGUAAAUAAACGAGUUCCUAUUUUUA